GAACUAAAACCCUUUUGCAGCUGCUAAGCUAGGGUUUUGCAGAACCCCUCACGAUCUAAAUCGCCAGCGGUGUUAGGCUUUCCGGAAACCCUAGCCGGAGAUCCCCCUGCCAUGGCAGGGUCUCGAGCUCAAAUCAACAAAGCUCACAAAUCCCGUUUCUCCUCCAAAUCUUCGCGCAACCUUCACAAGACCUCCCUUAAUGAUAGGAGUCGGAUUGCGAAAUCAGAGCGCAAUGCAACGAAGGGAGCUCGGGCAGCUCGGCAUCAGCGCAGCAAGAUGCUGCGAGAGCAAAAACGGGCAGCUCUUUUGAAGGAGAAAAGGGCUUCAUCAGGCAGCCCUCCUCGUGUUAUCGUUCUUUUCCCGCUUUCUGCUUCUGUGAAUCUGAAUUUACUUGCGGGAGAUAUUUUAAAAUUAAUAUCUACAGAGGGUAUUGGGUAUACGUCGUCAACAGUUGCUUCUUCAGAAUACAGACUCAGGGCUACGGUACUGCAAGCUCCUUAUGGGGAUCUAUUAUCGUGUAUGGAAAUGGCCAAGGUUGCUGAUUUGAUUGCUUUUGUGGCAUCAGCAAGCUCUUUAUGCGAAGAAGGUGCAUCUGACUUUGUUGAUUCAUUUGGAAACCAAUGCCUUUCUGUGUUUAGGUCAAUUGGUCUUCCGAGUACUGCAGUUUUGAUUCGUGAUUUACCUUCCGAGCUUAAAAAGAAAAAUGAGUUAAAAAAGAUGUGUACCUAUAACCUUGCUUCUGAAUUUCCAGAGGAUUGUAAGUUUUAUUCAGCAGAUACAAAGGAUGACUUGCACAAGUUUUUGUGGCUUUUCAAGGAGCAAAGGCUCACAGCACCUCACUGGCGAAAUCAACGGCCUUAUCUCAUGGCACAAGAGGUUGUUACGGUACCAGAUGAUUCCAGUCCAGGAAAGAGUACGCUCCUUCUCACUGGUUAUAUUCGUGCAUGUAGCCUCUCAGUGAAUCAGUUGGUCCAUGUUUCUGGUGCAGGGGAUUUUCAGCUGGCCAAAAUUGAAAUUCUAAAAGACCCAUUUCCUCUUAAUGCAAGAAAAGAAAAGGAUGCCAUGGAUUCUGAUGAAUUAAGAGAUGUUAAGGUCAUUUGUUGCCUAGACCCUGAUCUGUUGAAGCAGGAUCCUUUACUCGUUGAAAAUGUUCCAGAUCCACUUGCUGGAGAACAGACAUGGCCAACAGAAGCAGAAAUGGCUGAGGCUGAUAGCAACCUAAAGCAAAAAAGGCUAAGAAAGAGAAUGCUUCCUCCAGGCACUUCUGAAUAUCAGGCUGCUUGGAUUGUAGAUGAUGCGGAUGAGGAGGAUUCUGAUACUGACAAUGAUGAUGACAAUUGUAUGGUAUUGGAUGAAGGAGAAAGUGGCUUUCACAGUCAAGAUGGUACUAAUAACCAAGACUUUGAAGAAGACCAAGCUUCCUUAAACUUAAGGGACUCUGAUGAUGAAACUGCAAAUGAUUCAGUCAUGAUGGAAGGAGAGAACCUAACAAGGGAACAAUUAGAGGAAGACAUUCAAAAAGUUAAACAGGCCCAUGCUGAAGAUGAGGAAUUUCCAGAUGAAGUGGACACUCCUUUAGAUGUUCCUGCUAGAAAACGCUUUGCCAAGUAUAGAGGCCUCAAAUCCUUCAGAACUUCCUCAUGGGACCCCAAGGAAUCUCUUCCACCAGAUUAUGCCAGAAUUUUUGCUUUUGAUAACUUUUCAAGAACUCAAAAGCAUGUGAUUGCAAAAGCCUUGGAAAUGGAGGGAGGAGAUGACUGUGCACCUGCUGGUUCAUAUGUGAGGCUCCAUAUCAAGCAAGUGCCUCUUUCUGUUGCUUCCAAGCUUUGUCUGCUUGCUAGUACAAUACCUAUUGUAUCAUGUGGCCUUUUGCAACACGAAUCAAAGAUGUCUGUCCUUCAUUUCAGUAUAAAAAAGCACGACAGUUAUGAUGCUCCUAUCAAGAGCAAAGAUGAACUGAUAUUUCAUGUUGGUUUCCGCCAGUUCAUUGCUAGGCCAGUAUUUUCUACUGACAACAUCAAUUCAGACAAGCACAAGAUGGACAGAUUUCUUCAUGCAGGUCGUUUUUCCAUGGCUUCAAUAUAUGCUCCUAUUUCUUUUCCCCCUCUUCCUUUGAUAGCCCUGAAGAGUUCAGGAGAAAAAAGUGCACCAGUAGUGGCUGCUGUUGGUUCCUUGAAAAAUAUUGACCCUGAUAGAAUAAUUCUGAAGAAGAUUAUUUUGACUGGUUAUCCUCAACGAGUGUCAAAAUUAAAAGCCUCAGUUAGAUAUAUGUUCCAUAACCCAGAUGAUGUGAGAUGGUUUAAGCCUGUUGAAGUUUGGACAAAAUGCGGUCGCCGUGGUCGAAUCAAGGAACCUAUUGGUACACAUGGGGCAAUGAAAUGUGUAUUCAAUGGCGUCCUCCAGCAGCAUGACACUGUAUGCUUGAGCUUGUACAAGCGUGCAUAUCCCAAGUGGCCAGAACACCGGUUCCCGCUCGAUGCUUGAUCAGGCAGUAGCUGGCCCUUAUUUGAGACACAUGCUUGUUCAUUGUGGGAAUGAAGCACUGGUUCAGAUUGUCUAUUCAACUUUCAUUGUUUGUUGUUGAUAGAUUACAUGCAAUUAAGGGAAGUACUUCUCUGUGCUUCCCAUCACUUUAUUUAAUUACUUAUGCAGGAAGGAAAAAACAGAAAAAGAAAAGCCUGAUUUUUGUAUUUUGGAUAUCGGCUUUUCCUUUUGUUGUGCCAAUACAAUAGAGAAAAAGCAGCAAAGCGCUCACCUUUUCUUUGUCAUAUUUAUUCACCCAAUUUUCUUGUUCUUGCCUUCGAUUGUUUCGGAGUAUUAUUUCAAAGGACUUGCCUCGAAAGAAGCAGAAGCGGGAAACUCUUCAUUUUGUUCCCUUUUUUGUGGUUAACAUGUGUUAUUUAUAUAAAAGGUUAAAACCCUU